AUGGGCGACAUGCGCAGCUCCCCCAGCCUCUCCAAGUCCCGUAGCCGCCCCUCCGAUGCCCGGCUGCUGCCCACCCUACCCCCAGGCCCCAGCCCUGGGGACACGCUGCUGCACACAGACCAGCUGGGGCUCGGCCUCCAGGCGGCCUCCACCCCACUGCGAGGGGAGCAUACACCCCACCCCCACCCCACCCCAGGAACCACUGGCUCCUUCCCAGAGAUCCAGGAGGGCACCUACGUGGGCAGCUGCUACCACCGGGACGGCUCGAGGCUGAGUGUGCAGUUUGAGGUGCCGCGCGUGGAGCUCCGUGGGGCAACCACGCUCUUCUGCUGCUGGCUGGUGAAGGGCCUGCUGCACAGCCCGUGGGAUGCGGUGGCUCGCACCCGCCUGCUGCUGGCCAGCCUGCCCAGCUCUACCCACUCCAUGGCUGGGCUGACCGGGCCCAGCUUGGGCGAGGUGAUUAGAGCCAAGCCCUGGUUUGAGGAGUCUCCUAUGGUGGCCGAGCUGGAGGGGCUGGAGGCCUGCGAGGGCGUGUACUUCCAUAAGUACAGCGCGCUGCGCCCGCUCAGCAGUGGGGCCUUUGGUUUUGUGUGGACCGCCCUGCAUAAGGAGGAAAACCUAGAGGUGGUGGUGAAGUUUAUCCGGGAGGAGAAGGUGCUGGAGGACUAGUGGGUGGAGGACUCCAAGCUGGGCAGAGUGACCCUGGAGAUUGCCAUCCUCUUCAGGGUGGACCACGCCAACAUCAUCAAGGUGCUGGACAUGUUCAAGAACCAAGGCUUCUUCCAGCUGGUGAUGGAGAAGCACGGCUCCGGGCUGGACCUCUUCGCCUUCAUUGACCGCCACCCCAGCCUGGACGAGCCCCUGGCGAGCUAUAUCUUCUGGCAGUUGGUGUCGGUGGUGGGAUACCUCCGUUCCCAGGGCAUCGUGCACCGGGACAUCAAGGAUGAGAACAUCGUUAUCGCUGAGGACUUCACUAUCAAGCUCAUUGACUUCUGCUCGGCUGCCUACCUGGAGCGCGGAGUGUUUUACACCUUCUGCGGCACCAUCUAGUUUUGCGCGCCCGGGGUCCUCUUGCGGAACCGGUGCCGGGGCUCAGAGCUAGAGAUGUGGUCGCUGGGAGUCACACUGUACACUCUCAUCUUUGAGGAAAACCCCUUCUCUGAGCUGGAGGAGACGGUGGAGGCCGUGCUGAACCCCCCGUUUGUGGUGUCUGCAGAACUCAUGCGCCUGGUGUCAGGGCUGCUGCAGCCCGUGCCCAAGCAAUGCACCACCCUGGAGGCGCUAGUAGAAGACCCGUGAGUGACUCAGCCCGUGAACCUGGCCAACUACACCUGGGAGGAGGUGUGUCGGUUGAGCAAGCCAGAGAGCGGGCUCCUGGCCAGCACGAGCUUGUAG